GUUAUGUUUCUUUGACCACCCUGACUCAAUCAUGUUUCUUCACCUAAACUGUUUUUGGUCUUUUUCAACGUUCAUGUCAACUUGCAUCUCUUCUUAUUUAUCUCUCUCUCUCUCUCAGAUCAUACACUGUGAUUCUUAUCAUUAUUAUUAGCUCAAGGUACAUACAUACAAAUUAUAAUAUUAGCUGCAGCGGAAAAACCAAACAAAACAAAAAAGCACUCAAGAACUGAUUCAUACAACAGAGAGAGAAACUGGGGACAAAGAUGGGAAACGUUACUCGCAGCUCCUCUGAAGUUUAUACAAGUGACAGUGAAAAAGGGUUUGCGAUCAACCACUCUACUCCACCAGAGCUAGAUGCAGGGGCAAAAUUUGUUCUUGUAUCUCGAGGAUCAUGGUUGCACUGUGGGUAUCAUUUGACUACAUCUAUUGUGGCUCCGGUGCUUCUUACUCUUCCUUUCUCCUUCACUCUGUUGGGUUGGGUCGGAGGAGUGCUUUGGUUGACCCUUGCUGCCGUCAUCACAUUCUAUUCCUACAACCUUUUAUCUGUUGUCUUAGAAUAUCAUGCACAACUCGGGCGUCGCCAGUUUCGCUUCAGGGACAUGGCUAAAGAUAUUUUAGGACCUGGAUGGGCAAAAUACUAUGUUGGCCCGCUUCAAUUUGCCAUAUGCUUUGGCACAGUGAUUGGUGGUCCUCUAGUGGGAGGAAAGUGCCUCAAAUUAAUUUACUAUCUCUACAACCCAGAGGGAUCAAUGAAGCUCUAUCAGUUUAUUACUAUAUGUGGAGUCAUAACACUGAUUUUGGCUCAACUUCCAUCUUUUCACUCCCUGAGGCACGUGAAUAUGAUUUCUCUGAUUCUUAGUGUUUUGUAUGCCACAUGUCUCACGAUCGGCUCUAUAUACAUAGGUCACUCAAAAGACGCGCCACCCAGGCAUUAUUCUGUUAGAGGAUCUGAUGCUGAUCAACUCUUUGGUGUCUUUAAUGGUAUCUCUAUCAUUGCAACAACAUAUGCCAGUGGAAUCAUUCCUGAAAUACAGGCAACUUUAGCGGCUCCUGUGAAGGGAAAGAUGUUGAAGGGACUGUGUGUCUGUUAUUCUGUUAUAGCCACCACCUAUUUUAGUGUGGCCAUAUCAGGUUAUUGGGCAUUUGGUAAUGACUCUGAAGCUUCAGUUCUUUCUAAUUUCUUCAGUCCUGCGAAAAAGCCUUUGCUUCCCAAAUGGUUUUUCUUGAUGACUAAUAUUUUCAUUCUUCUACAAGUGAUGGCACUGACUGCGGUUUAUCUGCAACCAACUAAUGAAAUAUUUGAAGCAACUUUUGGAGACCCUAAAAUGGGACAAUUCUCCAUGCGCAAUGUUGUGCCCAGGGUGGUACUUCGGUCAGUGGCAGUGGCAGCAGCCACGGUUUUAGCAGCAAUGUUGCCAUUCUUUCCAGAUAUAAUGGCAUUGUUUGGGGCAUUUGGAUGCAUUCCUCUUGAUUUCAUUUUGCCUAUGGUUUUUUAUAAUAUGACUUUCAAACCCUCAAAAAACACCAUUAUCUUUUGGGUGAACACAUUGAUUGCAGGAGCAUCGUCUAUUUUAGUUGUAAUUGGAGGAAUAGCAUCUAUUAGACAAAUUGUUCUUGAUGCCAAAACAUAUAAUUUGUUUGCAGAUCUGUAAAGAGUUUAUACCAAUAUACAUACAAACACCAGUACUUAGUUUCA